AUGAAAAGUAAGUCUAAUGAAGCUUUUAGACCUGUGUUUGAGAAUAGACCUACUACCUGCAGUAGGAUUUCAAUUAAAUUUAUUUAUCUAAUCUCUACAAAUACUUUUAUAUGUAAAUUAACUCUAAAUAAUUAUGACGAAAGAUGCUAUUAUUAUAAUUCUAUUUGUUUGUAUGUAUCAUAUUAUAUUUUUAGCACUACUCAAAUAUGAGAUAUUUAUUGAAAGUAAAAGUGAUGAGUUCUGCCAAUUAUAUAAUACCUUAUAUAUUCUUUAAUCAAGUGGGUAAGGAUGUUAUUCAAUAUAAAUGA